UCUGAACUUAAUGCUAGUGUCCCGAUCAGUGAGAACAACCUAUUAAAGCUGCAUGAGUCCGUAUCAGACUUAGCGCGUAGCCAAAGUACGAAGCUACAGUUAUACGACGCGACACACCGACAGACAUCGAUCCAAGGCAGCGAACCCUGUGAACCCCUCGGCCGCCAAUCAAUGCCAACGUUUCCCAGCCAAAGAGACGCUUAGGACUCGUCAGCGAGGAACUUCGGAAAGCAAUCCCUAGCCAGGUAAAGGACUCGCUUGCGAGGUGCCACCCACACACAAGGUGUUUGCACAAGCCGCGUUUCCAAUUUCUUUUCCAAGCGAACGAACAGGGACGCAGCGCCAUGACAACACCCGGCGGCCUACAGUUCGACUUGCCUCGGGCCGUGGGCUUGGCGGGGGCUGCGUUCGGGGCGUACCGUGAUCCCAAGCCGGUGAAUCGCUUCGAGGAUUUUGACGUGAAGGACACGACGGUUAUCGUAAUGGAGAAGGAGUUUCUAAGCCAAGCGUAUUGGGGUAUUCUGGAGGUGUACCUGGUCAGGGCGGACGACCUGCCCGCUGGAGUACCCGGGGAGCUCCUGGAAGCCCCCAGUCCUUACGCGGUGGUCUCCAUGGUCAGCCCGGCAACUCUGCAGGCGCGCUCCCGGCCCCUGAAAUUCAAUAGCAGCACCGUCAGCCGCAGCCCAGUGUGGGAUCCGAACAGGCCUGCCAUGCUUUUCCCCGUUCGAGAUCCGACGAAUGACGAGCUCCGUAUCGAGCUGUACGACGAGGCGCCCAGCACCCACCGUCCGCUGCGUAACGAGUAUCCCCUGGGCAACGCCACACUGCGGCUGAAUGAGCUGCUACAGCAGGGCGAAGACCUGCGCGAGACAAGGCUGCUGCUGCACAUGAGUUUAACUGGAGGCCACAUUGGGGAUAGCUCCAUCACCAUCAGGUGCCGUAUGCGCCCAAUGACGACCGCGGACCCGCACCACCUUGAAGCUCUCACGACCUGCAAGACCUUGGAGAUGUCGUGGGAUGCGCCGAUGGAGAUUGGCCUCAAUGUUGUCGAGUGGCUCCGUCGGUCAGCUUACGAUAAGGUUACCUGGGAGUACCUUAAGGACGUCAUGGAGGCGGCUGGAGGAAGGGUGGGAGAUCUCUACCCACUGGCAUUUAUUAACAACUGCCGUACAAAUACGGAGGCUUGGGUGUUCCGGAACAUUGAUGAUCGGCGGGUGGUGGUGGCGUUCCGCGGCACGAGUGUGACUGCAGACUGGCUGAUCGACCUGUGGACAGUUCCUGUUCCGGACACCGCCAUCCGCCCCAAGGAGCCGGGCCCCGCUGGGGUCGAUCCGUCCAUGAUUCGCAUGCACCGCGGCUUCUUGGAGGGCUACAAGAGCGUACGUGCGGCGGUCCUCCAGUUGGUGGACGAUGUACUGCGCACUGACGGCCGCGGGGGUCCAUGGAAGGUGGAGGUGACGGGCCACUCUCUGGGCGGCGCGCUGGCAACGGUCGCGGCGUACGACAUCGCGUGGAACAAGCGUGACCGCGAUCGCCGCCGUCAGGCAGGGCCCACUAUUGGCAGCGUAGCCAUGGUGACGUUCGGUGCGCCCCGUGUGGGGAACUUCGUGUUCGCCAAGGACUUCAAUGCGGUCCUGCCGGACGCGUGGCGGGUUCACAACCAUAACGACAUUGUCUCCAGUGUGCCCUUCACGUUCGGCUUCUGGAACUUCACUCACGUCGGCAAGGACGUCCGGAUGGCUUGGAACAACGAGCCAACGGCCUCCAACCAUGAGGUGGAGAAGUGGAUGUUAACCAAGGUGCUCAGUCGCACCCCGGUGAGCUCACAUCUGGAGUUUCGUUACCAGGACACCAUGCUCAAGAUGGUGCGCAAAUGGAUCCGGGACCGAGUGCCGCAGCCGCAGCAGGCAGAGCUAUGGCGAGGUCCCCGUGCACGUGAGAGUCAUGGAACGGGGACCCCAAAACGAACGGCGCAAGGCCUCACACGGGGAACGUAA